GCGCCGAAGAGCCAUCCAGGAACCUUUAAGCAAGAAGAGCUCCAGGAGUUAGGACAGGAAGAAGCCAGGGGAGAUGUACUAAGGCUUUAAAAAUCCUGAACAUACAAGAUGAGGUGUCCUGUCCCAUCUGCCUGAAGCUUUUGACAGAAUCCCUGACUCUAGACUGUGGCCACAGCUUCUGUCAAGCCUGCAUCACUGUGGACACCAAGGAGUCAGAGAUCAGCCCAGGAGAGGAAAGCAGCUGUCCUGUGUGUGGCAUCAGAUACUCACUUGGAAACCUAUGUCCUAAUCAGCAUCUGGUCAACAUAAUGGAGAAAAUCACAGAGUCCAAGUUGAACCCAGAGAAGGAGCUGAAGAGAAACCUCUGUGUGCACCAUGAAGAGAAACUCCUGCUCUUCUGUAAGGAGGAUAGGAAGGUCAUUUGUUGGCUUUGUGAGCGGUCUCAGGAGCACCAUGGUCACCACACAUUCCCCGCGGAGGAAGUAGUCAAGGAAUGUCAGGAGAAGCUCCAGGCAGCUCUGGAGAGGCUGAGGAAGGAGCAGCAGAAAGCUGAGAAGUUGGAAGCUGACAUCAGAGAAGAGCGGACUUCCUGGAAGUUCCAGAUACAGACUGAGAGACAAAGGAUAUGGACAGAAUUCGAUCAGCUUAGAAACAUCCUGGACAGUGAGGAGCAGAGAGAACUGCAAGAAUUGGAGGGAGAGGAGAAGAGGAUCCUGGAUAGCUUGGCUGAGGCUGAGGCUGAGCUGGCUCAGCAGAACCAGUUGGUGAAAGAGCUCAUCUCAGAUCUGGAGCAUCGCCGUAAAUGGUCAACAGUGGACCUGCUGCAGGACAUGAGUGGAAUCAUGAAAUGGAGUGAGAUCUGGACACUGAAGAAGCCAAAAACUGUUUCCAAAAGACUGAAGAGUGUAUUCCAUGCUCCGGAUCUGAGCACAAUGCUGCGCACGUAUAGAGAGCUAACACGUGUCCAGUGCUACUGGGUGGACAUCACACUGAAUCCAAUCAACUUAAAUUUAAGCCUUGUCCUUUCAGAAGAUCAGAGAAAAGUGCUGUCUGUGCCAAUUUGGCCUGUUAAGUGUACUAAUUAUGGUAUCUUGGGCUCCCAAUAUUUCUCUUCAGGGAAACACUACUGGGAAAUCGAUGUGUCCCAGAAGACUGCCUGGAUUCUGGGGGUAUACUGUAGAACACGUUUCCGUAAUAUAAAGUUUGGCGUUAGACAAGGCACAGUGCAUCAGAAUGUUUACUCCAGAUACAGACCUCAAUGUGGCUACUGGGUUAUUGGGUUACAGAAUAAAUUUGAGUAUAAGGCCUUUGAGGAGUCUUCUACAUCUCAUCCCAGGGUCUUGACUAUUUCCAUGGCUGUCCCUCCCCAUCGUGUUGGGGUUUUCCUAGACUAUGAUGCAGGCAUUGUCUCAUUUUUUAAUGUCACAAACCACGGGUCACUCAUCUACAAAUUUUCUAAAUGUUGCUUUUCUCACACUGCUUAUCCAUACUUCAAUCCUUGGAACUGUCCAGGCCCCAUCAUCCUGUGCCCACCAUGUUCCUGAACCUUCUUAGCCGCUAACCCACUUCUGUGUAGAACCUCUUGUCCUGGGGCUCAUCUACACCUGAGCUUACCUGCACUCUUCCGAACACCUCUUCCUUCCCUUCUCCUUUUAUUAUAGAAUGUCUUUGUGCAAUGCAUGUAUUCUUUCUGCAUGUAUUGAAAUGAACAUGCAACUUUUGCCCUUUUGUUUCUCAUUUAAUUCAACUACCUUUAUGGUUUUGUUAUUAUUGUAUUUUCGUAGUUAUUCUGUGGUUUAUGCCUAUGUUGUUAGUACCCUGAUUUUUUUUCACAGAUUAUUGAGGUUCUGUUCAUUAUUUUCAUAUUGGAUAAUUUACAUUAAUCUACUUUUAAGUUCACUUAGUCUCUCUUUUGUGAUCCUGAAUUUCUCUUAAGCCAGUCCUAGAUUAUUAUUUGGAGUGAUUGCAGCUUUUAGUUUUAGUAUUUCAAUUAACAAAACUAUUUUUGUUUUUUGACAUUUCCUAUUUGCUCAUUUUAUAAGCAUAUUUUCUUUCAUAGCCUUUACCCUAGAUAUGAUAGCUGCUGUGAAGUCCUUGUCUUCCUUGUUGUAAGUCCUUAUUGUAAAUAUGACAUCUGCAUUAUCUUAGAAUUGAUCUCCACUGAUUGCCUUUGUCCUUGAGUAUGGACCACAUUUGUUUCUUUGUAUGUUAAACAAUUUUAACAUGUAUCUAAAAUUCCCCAGGGGGAAUUGUGAAUGGGAUGUAAAGAUUCUGGGUUCUGUUUAUUUUUCUGACGAAUAUUUUUUUUCAGGCAUUUGGUUGAACUCAAAUUUGAAAUUGUCCCCUGAAUUUGCAGAAGCUGAAAUCUCUGGUCAGUUCUUUUAUCUCUAUUUGGGCUGCUUGGUGUCUGCCUCAAACAUGUGUAUUUCAGAGAGUUGCUCAGUGUGUAUGUACAAUUUGAGAUUUCAUCCUCUGGAUCUCUUUUUUACAGACAUUGUCCUACCAUUUUUCAGCUGUUGUGAUAGCUCCAAAUCAUUCUUCUUGCUCUUCAAGCUAAUAAGUCUGUAUGCCGCUGAGUUUUAACUGUUCCACUCACUACCAAUUGAGUUUUGCUUUCAAAUAAAAAGCCAUAAAACCAGAAAAC